AUGGCAAACACACAGAGCCAAGGACCGAAGUUAGUGAACAUGAAGAUCCAGCUGGGAAACAAGGAGGAAGCGCAUUCUUUGGAUGAUUUCAAGAAAUUUAAUGGAGAUUUGCAGAAGGCAAUUUUUAGCCUUAAAGCCCAGUUGUUGGAGGCUAAAAAGGGACAGUCUCCAGCCCAGGUUAAACAGCUGCAGGAGGACUUGGAGCAGAAGACCUGCAUCAACUAUGAGCUGAACCAGUUAGAGAACACCAAGCUCGAGCUGGAAACACAGACACUCACCAUUGAAAAAAAGGAAAUGGGAGACGCCCUGAAAGAUAACAAGAAUCCACAGUCAUCCACCAACCAGUCGGCUCUGGACAUCCUCCAGGGUAAAAAUGAGAGGCUGAAGACCGACCUGUGGAAAUCCAAGCAGAAGGUGAAGGCUGUGAAUGAGAUGAUGGCCAACAAAGAACUGGAGUUCUCCAACUGCCUGGCCCUCGAGAGGGCUGAAAUACAGAGACUCGCCAUUGAAAAUAAGAAGAUGGCCGAAGCCCUGAAAAAUACCAAGAAUCCAGUGUCAUCCACCAACCAGGAAGCUCUGGACAUGCUCCAGGGUAAAAAUGAGAGGCUGAAAACCGACCUGUGGAAAGCCAAGCAGAAGGUGAAGGCUAUGAAUGAGGCGAAUGUCGACCCCAAGGUUGAGAUCUCCAACAGCCUGGUCCUCGAAAGCGCUGAAACACAGAGACUCACCGUUGAAAAUAAGAAGGUGGCCGAAGCCCUGAAAAAUACCAAGAAUCCAGUGUCAUCCACCAACCAGGAAGCUCUGGACAUGCUCCAGGGUAAAAAUGAGAGGCUGAAAACCGACCUGUGGAAAGCCAAGCAGAAGGUGAAGGCUGUGAAUGAGAUGAUGACCAACAAAGAGCUUGAGUUCUCCAACCGCAUGGUCCUCGAGAGGGCUGAAAUAAAGGACAUGGGAGACGCCCUGAAAGACAACAAGAAUCCACAGAGUUGGAUGGAUCUUAUCAAGCAGAAGGUGAAUGCUGUGAAUGAUAUGAUGGCCAAAAAAGAGCUGGAGUUCUCCAACUGCCUGGCCCUCGAGAGGGCUGAAAUACAGAGACUUGCCAUUGAAAAUAAGAAGAUGGCCGAAGCCCUGAAAAAUACCAGGAAUCCAGGGUCAUCCACCAACCAGGAAGCUCUGUACAUCCUCCAGGGUAAAAAUGAGAGGCUGAAGACCGACCUGUGGAAGGCAAAGCAGAAGGUGAAGGCUAUGAAUGAGGCGAAUGUCGACCCCACGGUUGAGUUCUCCAAUAGCCUGGUCCUUGAGGGGGCUGAAACACAGAGACUCACAGUUGAAAAUAAGAAGAUGGCCGAAGCCCUGACAAAUACCAGGAAUACAGUAUCAUCCACCAACCAGCAGCCUCGGUACAUCCAGCAGGGUAACACUGGGAGGCUGAAGGCUGACCUGUGGAAGGCCAACCGGAAGUUGAAGGACACUAUAGACCAAACAGACGAAGCUCUGGAAAUUGAGCGUCGCCGUUACCAAGCACUGGAAACAUCCCAGAGCUGCACUCUUGCCAAGCAGGAGCAGCAAGAACAAGAACACAAGGACUUCAUUGCUGUUCUAAAGGAAACAUUUGAAGACCAGCUAAAGAGGGAUCAUCUCCAAUGGCAGCAGGAGAAAGACUCCUUUGAGGUCCAGCUCGCCAACCAAAAGGAGGAAAACAGAAACCUCUCGGAUGCUGUGACCCAGGCUGAGCAUCUGGUGAAGCUCCAGAACAUGACGUGUCAGAAGGAAAACAUCUCCAUCCUUGAGGCCACACAGAGCGUCCAGCAGACUGUGGAGGACGAGGAAGAGCAUCUGGAGGACGAGGAAGAGCAUCUGGAGGACGAGAAAGAGGAGCGGCAGAUCCAGGCGCAGUUUGAAGACCUCCAAAUCCCGCUCUCCAACAGGCAGCAGAGGAGAAAGUGGUACCAACGCUUGUUCUCAUGUUGCAGAGGUCAACACUGA